UCCAAAUUAAUUCGAAUAUAAAAAUAGAUCCGGAUGGAUAAGAUCGAUACCACUUUCAUUUCUACUUAUGUACCAAACAUAAAAUUUCUAGCACCUCUCAAAAAGGGGUCAUAUACAAAUCAAGAAGCUUCUAGGUACUCAUGUGUAAAAGUUCCCAUUUUAAAAACAAAAUUUUUACCCGCGUCCGUUGCUCCCCUCCACUACGGACACUCCUCGUCGACCUCGCCGUCGAUCGAAUCCGAAAAGGAAAGCAAAAGGAUAUCGCGACGAGAUCUCCGGCAAUGGAUGGAAGGAGAGUAGCAGGGAAUAUGACGGAGGCGCCGCCGGUGAGAGAAGUCAUCCGGUCUGAGGACAACGCGGCGGCAUCGGAGGCCAUCAUUUCUGCCCUAGUCUGCGGCAAGAGGUCUUCUUCCAUCUUCGAGGAGCUGCCCCACACCCCUCCCCCCGCCUCGAAGAGGAUCCGCUGCUCUGCCGCCAUCCGCUCCCCCACCGCCGCCCCAGCCGCCGCCUUCUCGUCCCCGCUCCAACCCUCCCGUUCCGCUUCCUCCCCCGUUGAUCACAGCAAGAAAGACGGUGGUGGAGACCGUUUGUCUUCCAUUGCUCAACUCAGAUUCCUCUUCCCGGAGAUGGACCCUCAGGUUCUUCAAAGAGCCCUUGAAGCAUGUAACAGUAAUAUGGAUUCAGUAAUCAAGAGUUUUAAUGAACUUCAAUCACGAGCUGCAGAGAGAAAUUUCUGUUCUGCUUCAGGCAAAACUUCAGUGAAAAUGGGCACAAAUGUUCUCUUGUCAUCAGAAGCAGCCAGGAACUCAUUUUCUGCGGAGAACCUCCCACCAAAUGGCUCUGGAUGGAUAGAGCUAUUUGUUGGAGAAAUGAUGAAUGCCUCUCACAUGGAUGAUGCAAGAUCUCGUGCUUCCAGAGUACUAGAAUUAUUGGAGAAAUCCAUCAAGGCUCGUAUGGGUGCUGAAGCAGCAUAUAGCUUUCAAGAGGAAAAUAAGAAGCUGAAGGAACAGGUUGAUGCAUUGCUUCGUGAGAAUACUAUAUUGAAGCGUGCAGUUGCAAUCCAGAAUGAGCGUCAGAAAGAUUGCGAAGCAGGGAGCCAAGAAUUGCUGGAGUUGAAACAGAUGGCCUCACAGAAUCAGGAACAGUUGAGGACACUCGAAUUAAACAAUUACACACUAGCAAUGCAACUCAAACAGGCUCUGCAGAGCUCCACCAUCCCAGGAAAUUUUGACCGCGAUGUUUUCUAGGAAACUCGGGCUCUAAUACUCUUAUUUUGAGAUAUUUUGCUGCAAUUGCAAGAGGUUUUGUCUUCUCAAAAUGGGCCCAACCUAGAUUGUUAAUAGUUUUGUCAACAAUUUUGUAUAUAUGUGACCAAAUAAAUAUACGAUAAACUGAU